UUAAAUGAUCUACACAUACACUGUACGCGGAGGACUCUCCGAUGAGACUGGCCUCUAAGCUACAUUUUGUCACGAAAACACACAUGAUAACAUAAGGACUGAAGAUCUGACAAUUUUUCAGCUGCCAUUGUUCUGCAACUUCAGCACCAUCAAGAAUUCUCCUCAUUUGCUUGGCACAAUAACUGAUGGCAGAGAAUGUCAACAACUAAUAACAUAGCCCAGGCCAGGAAGCUGGUGGAGCAGCUUAGGAUUGAGGCAGGCAUUGAGCGCAUUAAGGUGUCUAAAGCUGCUGCUGACCUCAUGAGCUACUGUGAGCAGCAUGCCCGCAGUGAUGCUCUGUUGGUUGGAGUCCCCACCUCUGAGAACCCUUUCAAGGACAAGAAACCAUGCAUCCUCCUAUAGCUGAUCUCACACGCCCUCCCUCACACCCGCCUUGCUCCCCAGCCAGCAAACGGCCAUUUCAGUGCUGCAACACUUUAUACCUGGAAUCCAUUCUACACUACUAACAAACAAGCCACUGUUUUCUGAAAAAAAUAAAAGGGGUAAUACCAUACCCCUAAAACCAUGGAGCCCUUAAUUAUAGUACAUCUAUAUGAAUGAAUAUGUGCAUGUGUAGAUGGUACCUGUCUGAAUUCAUGCAUAUAGAUACACCAAACAAGAGGGUGGCUGAUUUGGACAUUUUCCAAAACUAUAUUUCCAAAAUGUAUAGAGCUUCAAAGAAUGAGAGGUACUGCAGCAUGUACCUUAGAUGAGAGGAAGGAGAGAGAUUGAGGAGGAUGAGGAGUAGGAGCAAAUCAGUCGUGGUUAUUCUGACUGACUAGCUGGCUAGGCCAGUCACGUGGUAAUGGCUGUUCAGUAUUAACCUUACGUUUUUACAUUUAGUUUGUGAGUUAAAGGCUAAUUGUAGAUUUAUAUGGACAAAAUCCAGGUAUAAUUAACUUUCUUGAUACUACAGCACAUCUUUUGAUUUACAAAGGGAUUCAAGACAUUUAUCAGAGUUGCCAAAAGUUUUGCAUUUUUUUGAGUCCAUUUAUAAGUUAUAAAGGUUUUUCUUUCAUGGAUAAACUAUGGGCUAGAUGUUUGUUUAUUUUCUACUCUUUGUUUCUACUAUAUUUCAGAGCCCUAAAACACAUAUAAGAAAUAUAAAGUCUCUCUCUCUCUCUCUCUCUAUCUCUCUCUCUCUCUCUCUCUCUCUCUCUCUC